GUGCACCACCCUGAGGGCCUCACUCUCAACACUUCAGACCUUGAGCUAAAGGAGUCACCCAAGGCGAGGAGGCCACUGACUGCUGGAGCCCUUCCACCUGGGAAGGAGGAGCAAAGGGCCAAGUCCCAGGAAGCAGAGAACAGCAGGGCAGGGGGAGUCACAACCUACAGUCUAGAGGCUUUCUGUCCACCUUUGAACUCCGGGUAGUUGCAGAUGACCUGAGGCCAUUGACCAGCACCCUCCACAGCCCACCAGGUCCUGGGCGGGGCUGGGACCUGCUUGCCUGGAGCUUGGUUUCUACAGUUCUCCACUGCUCAAGCGGUGUGGUGAGCUCCAACCACCCAGCCUGGGGGACCCAGCUUCAGAAGAACAAAGACAUGGCUGCCAAGGUCCACGGACAGCAGGCUGCUUGCUCCACCAUCACCUCAUUGGAGAAGGAGGGCAAUGCAACCUUCUCUAGACCUGCCACCGCAAUGUCCGGGGAAAUGGACAAGCCGCUGAUCAGUCGCCGCCUGGUGGACAGUGAUGGCAGUCUGACUGAGGUCCCCAACAAGGCCCCCAAAGUGGGCAUACUGGGCAGUGGGGAUUUUGCCCGUUCCCUAGCCACACGCCUAGUGAGCUCUGGCUUCAGCGUGGUAGUGGGGAGUCGUAACCCCAAACGCACAGCUGGCCUCUUCCCCUCCACAGCCCAAGUGACUUUUCAGGAGGAGGCUGUGAGCUCUCCACAGGUCAUUUUUGUAGCCGUGUUCCGGGAGCACUAUUCUUCACUGUGCUGUCUGGGCGACCAGUUGGCUGGCAAGAUCCUAGUGGAUGUAAGCAACCCCACGGAGAAGGAGCAUCUUCAGAACCACCAGUCUAACGCCGAGUACCUGGCCUCACUCUUCCCUGCUUGCACUGUGGUCAAGGCCUUCAAUGUCAUCUCUGCUUGGGCCCUGCAGUCUGGCCCAAGGGAUGGCAACAGGCAGGUGCUCAUCUGCAGCGACCAGCUGGAAGCCAAGCAUACCAUCUCAGAGAUGGCGCGCACCAUGGGUUUUACACCUCUGGACAUGGGAUCGCUGGCCUCAGCCCGGGAGAUAGAGGCCAUACCCCUGCGCCUCUUUCCUUCCUGGAAGGUGCCCAUCCUUCUGGCACUGGGGCUCUUUGUGUGCUUCUAUGCCUACAACUUCAUCCGGGAUGUAUUGCAUCCAUACGUGCGGAAGCAUGAGAACAAAUUCUACAAGAUGCCCUUGUCUGUGGUCAACACCACACUGCCCUGUGUGGCUUAUGUGAUGCUGUCUCUGGUGUACCUGCCUGGUGUGCUGGCAGCCGCCCUUCAGCUAAGGAGGGGGACCAAGUACCAGCGCUUUCCGGACUGGCUGGACCACUGGCUGCAGCAUCGCAAGCAGAUCGGGCUGCUCAGCUUCUUCUUCGGAAUGCUGCACGCGCUCUACAGCUUCUGCCUGCCGCUGCGCCGCUCCCACCGCUACGACCUGGUCAACCUGGCCGUGAAGCAGGUCCUGGACAACAAGACCCGCCUCUGGGUUGAGGAAGAAGUCUGGCGCAUGGAGAUAUACCUCUCCAUGGGCGUGCUGGCCCUGGGCACGCUGGCACUGCUGGCUGUCACCUCACUUCCCUCCAUUGCCAACUCACUCAACUGGAAGGAGUUCAGCUUCGUACAGUGCCAGGUCACCAGACCACAGGCCCCUGGAGCCACCAUCACUGCUGAAAAAAACCACUACAAGUUCUACCUGCCGCCCACGUUCACACUCACACUGCUCCUGCCCUGUGUGAUCAUCCUGGCCAAGGGCCUCUUCCUCCUUCCCUGCCUCCGCCGCAGACUCACCAAGAUCCGCAGAGGCUGGGAGAAGGAUGGUGCUGUCAAGUUCAUGCUGCCUGCUGACCACGUGCGGGGGGAGAAAACAAGCCAUGUGUGAGGCCCUGGAAAUGGAGACAGGCACGGCUUGUGGGGGCCCUGAGCUGAGUUCAGGUCUCUUUUCCGGAUGCUGCAAUUGGAGUGAUGAUAUGUGCAUAGGUGGUUGAGAUCUGAAUUCCUGGGAUUCAGGUUAUACCACGGUAUUCAGAGUGACACACCACACGUGUGUGAUAUGUAUUCACAUAUAAUGCAUAUAUAAUAGGAUUUGCUAUUAUUCUUACUUAACUAAGAAGCUGGGUCCCUAUAUUUCAACUUAUGUAUUUCAAAGCAAGUGCCACACAUUGAGUAGCAGAUACCACCCUUGUGACAUUGGCAGAGGCAGACGCACACUUGGUAUAGGAGAGAUUUGUAUUUUGUUGGGUUCUGGCCUUUAGGCUUUGUCCUCUGUAUUCCCUGUUAGCUACAUUCUAAUGUUGGUGCAGAGCUGGGCCAAGAGCUGCCCCAGAUGCAGCCCUGCCCCACACCCCAGGGCUAAGAAGGAGGCCCUGAGGGUAAAGAGAGACUAGGUGUGGACCCUCCUGCUUUCCUGAGCAUGUGGGGGUGGGGUUCACCAAGGCACCCUGGAAUCCAUGCAGGAGCUUUUGCAGGCCUGUCCUUUCUCCAGGGAAGGAUCUGAAGCUGCCGCAUCUGAUCCUAGCUGAGCUGAGGAGACUGUCCCUCCUCCCGGAAGGUCCAGAGUCACCGUGGAACCUGCAAAUUGCUCCUUCUCUGAAGGUGUGAAGUCGCCUCCUUGCCAGAGCCAUUAAUAAAGGUGAUCUUCAGAAGUCUAA